CUUUGAUUUGAUCAACCGAUCUAUACUUUUUUUUAUUGACUGGAGCUAAUUUUUUUUCUUCACUGCGAAUCAAUGCAGGAGACAACAACCCAAGCUUCUUCGUUCGAAUAGCAGUUCAGUGCCUUUUUCUUCUUUGCUACUCACCUCCUUUCUCCUGCAGAAAACACCCUAUUUAAUUUCUUUUUUAAAAAAUUUUUACAGUCAAGAGAUAGUUUUAUAUACCACCCCACCCCACCCAAACACACACAUUAGAUAGACCAAAAAUAAAAUGGCGCCAAAGAAGGACGAUAAGACCAGACAGCCGGUCAAAAAGGUCACUCAGGACACGCGUUUCGCUCAUGUGCAAGAGGAUCCGCGCUUUAUGCGGCCAAAGAAGAGCCAUUCCAAGGUCAAGGUUGACCAGCGGUUUGCCCAUAUGGUCAAGGACAAGGACUUUAUAGAGAGCACAAAGAUCGAUCGCUACGGUCGGGCUCACGAGGAUAAUCGUGCGGAAACAUAUCUUCGCAACACUUAUGAUUUCAGCGGAUCGGGAUCAGAGGCUGAGUCCGAGAGUGAGUCUGGUGAGAGUCCUGAUGGUGCCAAGGUAUCGGAUAAGGAUGCAGAGUCGGAGUCCGAGUCUGGCUCUGGAUCGGGAUCAGGAUCGGGGUCUAGCGAGGGGGAGGGAGAUGAUGAUGUUGCCGCGGAUAUUGAUCGUGCGCGUGGUCGGGGCGUCGACUCGGAUGGGUCGUCGGAUUCCGAGGAUGACUCUGAUAUCUCAGACGUCGAAUGGGGCGUGCUUGACGGCGAUGAUGCCGGGCUCAGCGACGUUAUGGAGGACCCAGACAAUAUUCCCCGCGGCGACGAGACGCGGAGAUUCGCCUGUGUCAAUAUGGACUGGGAGCAUGUGCGCGCCGUCGACCUUCUUGCGGUAUUUGUAGGAUUCAAGCCGGACAGCGGCUCGGUGCUUUCAGUUAAGAUUUACCCGUCCGAAUUUGGCAAGGAAAGAAUGGCCAGGGAGGCCGUAGAGGGUCCCCCGCGCGAGCUUUUGUCCGGCCUACCAAGGCAAGAAGGAAAGAAGGACGAUAGCGGCUCUGAUAGCGGCUCUGAGUCCGAGGUGGAUCUGGUAAAGGAGCAGGUGAAGAACCAGGACGAGUUUGACCAAAUCGCCCUGCGGCGCUACGAGAUCGAGCGCAUGCGCUACUACUUUGCCGUCGUUGAGUGCGACAGUGUCGAAACCGCGCACACUAUUUGCCAGCAAUGCGACGGCACAGAGUACGAGGCAAGUGCGAAUUUCUUCGACAUGCGGUUUAUUCCCGACGAGCUUAUUUUUGAGGACGCGCCCAAGGACGAGGCUGUGGAUGUGCCCGAGAAGUACGAGCCUGUGAGUUUCUCCACCCAGGCGAUGCAACACUCCAAGGUUAAGCUCACCUGGGAUGAGGACGAGCCCAGCCGCACACAGGUCACUCGGAGGGCGUUCACCCAGGAUGAGAUUGACAAUAUGGAUUUUGGCAAUCUUCUGGCGUCGUCCUCGGACGGGUCCUCCUCUGACGAGGAUGAGCUGGCGCGGAAGCGCGCCCUGCUGCUCUCGGGAGCAGACAAGGACAGCGACGACAGCGACAGCGAUGAUGGCAAGAUGGGCGAGAUGGAGAUCACGUUCACACCCGGACUCAGUGAGGGCGCGGCAUCGCGCAUGGCAGGCAAGAAGCAGGCCGAGGAGGAAGCCGUGCGGCGUUCCGAUGAGACGACCAUCGAUAGGUUCCGCCGCCAGAAGAAGGAGCGCCGCGAGAAAUGGAAGGAGGCCAAGAAGAGUGGGAAGCCCUCAGGAAAGGAUAACGACAGCGACAACCUUAUCUCGGACAACGAUCUUGAUGACCGGGCUGGCGACUCAUUCUUCACAUACAGCGACGAUGAUCUUGAGUCCAAGACAUCGAAGGAGUCGAAGGAUGGUAAGCGGGAGAGCAAGUCUGAGAGGAAGGAGCGGCAGGAGGCGGAUGCCAAGCAGCGCGCUGAGCUUGAGCUACUGCUGGAUGGUGCCGAAGGCGACCGCAAGCACUUUGACUUGUCCGAGAUUGUCAAGGCUGAGAAGCAGAAGGGUCGCAAGGGCAAGCACGCGAAGAAGGUUGAGGUCGAGGAUGAGUUCAAACUUAACACCAGCGAUCCUCGUUUCGGCGCUCUGUAUGAGUCGCACAACUUUGCCAUUGACCCCAACAACCCCAACUUUAAGAAGACUAAGGCUAUGAAGGAGCUGCUGAAUGAGAGCCGUAAGCGCCGCAAGACAACAUUUGACUAGGUGGUAUUUAAAGUAUCGAACUCUUUCUUUUUUUACAGCUGCACUCGAAUAAAAAAUCAAUAUACAAUUUUUUUCUUACAGAAUUAGACCCGGGUCGCCAACGUGGGUUGGUGAUGGGCGCACAAAUAUUAAUAAAAAUACAGAAUUGGAAAAUUAAAACAAAACAAAACAAAACAAAACAAAACAAUCGCGUCGGGAUAGCAAAAGUAAAAAAAUAACACAGCCCAUUGUUCUCACGCAUUGCUG